CAACUCCAUAAAUGCUACCAUCGGAACUGCUACUCUUCCAUCAGCAGCAGCAGCAGCGAAACUUUCACCAACGCCCAUAGAAUUCCCUGCUGCUCCGCUGGAUAAGAUGACGGGCCAAGCCAUGGAGGCGACUCCUGAUCUCCUGACCCCUUACAAGAUGGGCAAAUUCAACCUGGCGCACAGGGUUGUUCUUGCGCCGGUGACGCGCUGUAGGUCCUACGAGAACCUGGCGCAGCCGCAUAAUUCCCUGUAUUACGAGCAGCGGGCAGCGCCAGGCGUCCUUCUCAUCGCCGAGGCCAGCGCGGUGUCGGAGACGGCAACAGGGUACCCGCAGGUGCCUGGGCUCUGGAGCCAGGAGCAGGUGGAGGCCUGGAAGCCCGUCGUUGACGCGGUGCACGCCAAGGGCGCCCUCUUCUUCUGCCAGCUCUGGCACACAGGCCGCAAGCCACCCACUACUGAGUUUGGGGCCCCUCCAAGGCUUGAAGAGGAAGAGAUACCCCAAAUGGUGAUGGACUUCCGGGUCGCUGCCAGAAAUGCCAUCAGAGCUGGUUUCGACGGUGUGGAGAUCCACGCUGCCAAUGGGUUCCUCGUCAACCAGCUGUUCUUGUUCUUUGUGGACAUUGGAAGAGUGAAUUCCCAGCCUCUGCGUCUGAACCGGCUUGUCAACGACGGGCUCAACGACAGCAGCAGCCUGGAAAACCGCUGCUCCCGCUUGGCCACCGAUGUCGUAGCGGCUGUGGUGGAUGAGGUCGGCGCGCACCGUGUUGGUGUGCGUCUCUCCCCGUUCGCUGGCUACACUGACUACACUGAUGCAGAUGCAGAGGCUCAAGCCCUGCACCUUGUCCACUUCAUGGACAAGCUCGGCGUUCUCUACUGCCACAUGGUCGAGCCGAGGAAGUGCGUCAAUGGCAAUCGCCUAUCGCCGUUCAGGGAGGCGUUCAAGGGCACAUUCAUAGUGAAUGGAGGGUACGAUCAGGAGGAAGGGGACAGGGUGGUCAGGGAUGGCUAUGCUGACCUGGUCUCGUACGGGCGGCUGUUUCUGGCGAACCCUGACCUGCCAGAGCGGUUCAGGAAGAAGGCGGGUCUGAACAAGUAUGACAGGAGCACGUUUUACACCUCCGAUCCUGUGGUUGGCUAUACGGAUUACCCUUUUCUUGGCCAGGAGACACAAGUGGCAUAGUAAACCGUACCUUCUGCAGCCAUAUCAAUAAUGUGCUUUUCUGCAACUAUCAUCAUUGAAAUAAAUAAAGGCAGUCAAAACUAAUCAUUCAUGCAUAUGUAUACAGAUCGAUGUGAACAUUAUGUAUCUGCAGGGAGGCAUAUGUAAUGCUGUAUGUUUACCUAUACGUGAAUUACUUCCUAAGCUAAUAAGAGAGUUGUAUGAUUUACCUAA